AUGGAUAACUUGAUUCCGAUUGUGAAUAAGCUACAGGAUGCAUUUACAUCGCUGGGCGUUCAUAUGCAACUGGAUUUGCCACAAAUUGCUGUCGUUGGCGGACAAUCGGCGGGCAAAAGUUCAGUGCUGGAGAAUUUUGUUGGCAAAGAUUUUCUGCCUCGUGGCUCUGGUAUUGUUACCCGCAGACCCUUGAUCUUGCAACUGAUCAAUGGCAUUACAGAAUAUGGAGAGUUUCUGCACUGUAAGGGUAAAAAGUUCUCAAGCUUCGAUGAGAUACGGAAAGAGAUCGAAGAUGAAACGGAUCGUGUGACCGGUAGUAAUAAGGGCAUUUCAAACAUUCCCAUUAAUUUGCGCGUCUACUCGCCGCAUGUGCUCAAUCUGACGCUGAUCGAUUUGCCAGGUCUGACAAAAGUAGCCAUCGGUGACCAGCCCAUCGAUAUUGAGCAGCAAAUUAAAGCGAUGAUAUUCCAAUUUAUACGAAAAGAAACUUGUCUCAUUCUGGCCGUAACACCAGCAAAUACUGAUCUAGCUAAUUCCGAUGCCUUGAAACUGGCAAAAGAGGUUGACCCACAGGGUGUGCGUACCAUUGGUGUCAUUACGAAAUUGGAUCUCAUGGACGAGGGCACCGAUGCGCGUGAUAUUCUGGAGAAUAAGCUUUUGCCUCUGCGGCGCGGCUAUAUUGGCGUUGUCAACCGUUCGCAAAAAGACAUUGAGGGGCGUAAGGAUAUUCACGCUGCGCUGGCCGCUGAGCGUAAAUUCUUCUUGAGUCAUCCCUCGUACCGCCAUAUGGCCGAUCGCCUCGGCACUCCAUAUUUACAGCGCGUGCUAAAUCAGCAGCUGACCAAUCAUAUUCGCGAUACAUUGCCCGGUCUGCGUGACAAACUGCAGAAGCAAAUGUUAACACUUGAGAAGGAGGUUGAGGAGUUUAAACAUUUUCAACCCGGAGAUGCGAGUAUUAAAACAAAGGCUAUGCUGCAAAUGAUACAGCAGUUGCAAUCGGACUUUGAGCGCACAAUUGAGGGCUCCGGUUCAGCAUUGGUCAAUACAAAUGAGCUUUCGGGCGGUGCCAAGAUCAACCGCAUAUUCCACGAGCGUCUACGCUUCGAAAUUGUCAAAAUGGCCUGUGAUGAAAAGGAGCUGCGUCGUGAGAUUUCAUUUGCCAUUCGUAACAUUCAUGGUAUUCGUGUUGGUCUCUUCACUCCCGAUAUGGCAUUUGAGGCUAUUGUUAAGCGUCAAAUCGCUCUUCUCAAGGAGCCGGUCAUCAAGUGUGUGGAUCUAGUCGUACAGGAGUUGUCUGUGGUUGUGCGCAUGUGUACCGAUAAGAUGUCUCGCUAUCCGCGCUUACGCGAGGAAACUGAGCGGAUCAUAGCAACGCACGUACGUCAGCGCGAACAGCGCUGCAAGGAGCAAAUUCUGCUGCUAAUUGACUUCGAGUUGGCUUAUAUGAAUACUAACCAUGAGGAUUUUAUUGGGUUCGCCAAUGCUCAGAAUAAAUCUGAAAACGCAAAUAAGACCGGCACCCGGCAGCUUGGUAACCAAGUUAUUCGAAAGGGUCAUAUGGUGAUACAAAAUUUGGGCAUUAUGAAAGGAGGUUCGCGUCCUUAUUGGUUUGUGCUAACCUCGGAGAGCAUCUCCUGGUACAAGGACGAGGAUGAGAAGGAAAAGAAAUUUAUGUUACCAUUGGACGGUUUAAAAUUGCGAGAUAUUGAACAGGGCUUUAUGUCAAUGUCUAGACGUGUUACGUUUGCUUUAUUCAGUCCCGAUGGACGUAAUGUUUAUAAGGACUACAAACAACUUGAGCUGUCGUGCGAAACGGUUGAGGAUGUGGAGUCGUGGAAGGCCUCGUUCCUGCGUGCUGGCGUUUAUCCGGAGAAGCAGGAGACGCAGGAGAAUGGAGACGAGGAAGGACAAGAGCAAAAAUCGGCUAGUGAAGAGAGCUCUUCCGAUCCGCAGCUUGAGCGGCAAGUGGAGACAAUACGCAACCUGGUCGAUUCCUACAUGAAGAUUGUCACAAAGACCACGCGAGACAUGGUUCCGAAGGCUAUAAUGAUGUUAAUCAUUAACAAUGCCAAGGAUUUUAUCAACGGCGAACUGUUGGCACACUUGUAUGCCUCCGGUGAUCAAGCUCAAAUGAUGGAGGAGUCCGCCGAAUCGGCAACGCGACGUGAGGAAAUGCUGCGCAUGUAUCGCGCUUGCAAGGACGCCUUGCAAAUCAUUGGCGAUGUUUCAAUGGCUACUGUCUCGUCACCGUUGCCACCACCAGUCAAAAACGACUGGCUGCCAAGUGGCCUAGAGAAUCCACGCCUUUCGCCGCCAAGUCCAGGUGGCCCACGUAAACCAGCACCCACCGCACAGAGCUCCUUGGGUGGCCGAAACCCACCAUUACCACCAGCCACUGGUCGCCCGGCACCAGCAAUUCCGAAUCGUCCUGGAGGCGGCGCACCACCACUACCUGGUGGACGACCGGGCGGCGGGCUGCCGCCACCACUGCUACCAUCUCGAGUAACUGGAGCGGUCGGCGGCGCCAUAACACAGCAGACGGGUGCCAAUCGCUACAUACCGGAGAGCAUGCGUGGACAAGUGAAUCAAGCUGUGGGUCAGGCGGCUGUAAAUGAACUUUCCAAUGUGUUUGCUACGCGAUUCAAGUGAAUCCAAAAUACAAGUAGGAAACAGAAUGAGCAAAUUUUAAGACGCGCACGCACACGAGUACAUGCAAAAGUAUAUGCAAAAUAUUUGCUCGUUUACCGUUGUUGCUAAUUGGGAGUCUGCGUGCUCCUUUAUCGACAAAAAAUUAACUGUUAAAUCAAUUAUAACUGUCUUUUAUUUUUCCAAAUUAUAAUAAAGGCAAUUGAAAUGUUAAAUAAUAGAACAAAAUAAGAACAUAUGUAUGUCGCUAAUAUGUACAUACAUUAUCCAACACACACACACACACAUAUAUAUAUAUAUAUAUUUAUUUACAUAUACAUAUGGGAGAAAAAUAUGAAUAUCCGAUCUCUAUACGUGCUCAAUGUAUGUAUUUCAAAUACAAUAAAGCUAACUAACAAUAAUACCUUCAUAGCUCACUGUGCUAAGCCACUUGAUUUAGUUCAGCGAGGAUAUUGUCAACCAAAAACCUGGAGGGAGUUCAAUUGAUUUGCAAGCGUACGUGUAUUUGCGUGACAGAUGAAAUAAUCAUUAUUUGUACUUUGCUUAUGCAUAAAGAAAUGUAUAGACAUUUCAACAUGAAUAUCCAAACAAAAAACGAUUCCAAAUAUACUAUAUACACUUAUAUAUAUAUUCAUAAAAAGGAGUCUACACAGCAAGUUAUACAUACAUACAUACAUACAUACAUACAUAUGCUCUUCAUUGCCUGUUAAAACAAGUCCUUCGUCUAUGGCCAAGCAUAUAAGUAUUAUUUAAAUUCUACACGUUUGGCCACCUAUUGUUAUUAUUCGCGGCGCACAACUUUCACAAUAUGACAACAUACUAUGACAGCACUCUUUCCAAAAACCCUUCUAAAACAUAUCGUCUAAUGAAAGCCAUAUGAUUUUCAAAUAUGUACUACAUGGUGAUCGAAUCUGAUCGACGCAAUUAUAUAGUCUCUACAAUGCGUCCUAUUAUGUGAAAGAUAUAAAUACAUUAACGCUUUGUUUUGAAAUCCUCAUUAAAUUGCAUACAAGUAAAGCAUAUAUAUUUUGAAAUUAAUUUACUUACACAGGCUUGAUUGAUUAGGAAAAUCAAUAAAACCUAUUUAACAACUAUAAGUACUAGGCCUUCCAAAUUAUAAUUGUACACUGCCGUUAAUUUACAUUAUUUUUGCAAUGGAUCGAUUCGCUUUGAGUUAACCAAAAAGGUAAAUGGCCGAUUUAAAGGACCUUGUUAUGAGGGUCAGCGUACUUCUGUGCUCAUCGCACUCUACUACUUGGAAUAUGUUAAUAUAGUGGCAAAAAUAAAAUCUUUUCGGCAUAUUACUGGCUUAUGCGAAAUACCAAACAUUCCCAUUAUUUAUGAAGCACGAUUUUAUUCAUGUGGCUGCCUCCUGUAACCCAGGUUUUCAAGACUUUGGUGACGGUUUCUGGCUCUAACUCUGGAAUGGCUUAUCCGAUAUUCGCUUUAAGCACUUGAAGCGUAAAUGGAUUGUUCCGACAGUUACGGCUCCCCACAAAAAAAGUAGAACAGUGUCAAAUCGCAUUUCCGAGACUACUAUUAACACGAUUACUGAACUAGGCGUGUCAUUCUGUUGAAACCAAAGAUCGUCCAAGCCCUCGUACAGCGGGAAGGAGCUGCAAUAUAUGAUUUAGAAAUCAAAAUAUAUACCACCCCGCAUACAAGUAUAUACCUAUGCGCAUAUUCAAAUAUUUAUUAUAGUUCUUAUCGUGUAUAAACAUAAUUUGGAAUGCCCCGUAUUUAUGCAAAUGAAUGUCCCGUGAAAAUCAUACUAAUUGUUAGUGCUAGAUCUAGUGUCAUAGUUCAUUCAUUCAAUUGCACUUAAACUUUAUAUUACAAAUAAACAAUUAUAUUUAUAAAAGAGUAUUGUAAAAGCAAGAAACGCAUUCAUUUCUGGCGGCGAACAGCAGCUUUGCAACCGAGCGAUGCUCUCAGAAAUUUGGUGCACAGUGUGGGAAUAUUGUUACAUCUGAAUAUCGGAUGUUUUAGUGUGGAUAGAUGAAAAAUGUUAUCAAGUGUAAAAAGAACAAAGAUGUAAUUAUAUUAUACCUAUUGUAUUACAUUAUGUAAUUAUAUUAAAUUGAAAAGUAUAAAAGCAAACUAAACCAUUGAAUAACAAAGUAGCAAUAUAUGUUAAAAUAAAAUAUUAUCAACAGUGUGGGUGUUGACUUAUCUCUCCUUAAGUUCCAAAUGGAAUUCAUAAAGACAAAUGUUUUCGGCCAAUAUAUACUAUAUGUUUAUGUAACUCCAAAUAGAAAUAAGAAGUUAAUUCUGGCAACAGCUAUUCUUUAACUUUGCGUACAAAAAGAAAACACGUGUUUUAAAAUUCUGUAAAGGUACUAUGUAUGUCUAUGCUGUUAAUAUUAUUUCAAUUACAUACAAGUACAUACACACAUACUAUAUAUGAAAUUCAGUUAAAAGACACAAAUUCCUGCUUAUUGAACUUCGCAAAGGCCCGCAGUAUUUUUAAAAUACAGCUUCAUUACAAAACAAGUACUGAUUAGGCCAGAUAAUUAACAAUGAUUGAAUUGGAAUCUGUUAAUUGUUAAAAAUGCAAUCAACACAGAUGUCGUUUUGAUUUUUAAGCAGAAAGCUCGACUUACAGAUUCUUAUAUAAUCAUCACAAAUUGGUAUGAAAGGGCUCGUCGAAGAUCGCUGGUUUUUUUUUUUUUUUUUUUGGAGAGUACAGAAACAAAAUAAUAAACAAUGAAAAAACAUUGGAAACAACAAUAUUUCCUGCCUAGUUAAUUUAUAUUUUAUUUAAGGCCAACAAAUAAACCGCAGAUCGAGCUAUAAAAGAAUAAAUGUAAAAUCAGCAAGUUAGCAAUUAUAUUUUCAACUGCAUUGUGUAGUGUCUCUCGAGUUAUAUAUACUAUGAUUAUAAAUACAUUAUAUAUGCCUA